UUCACCUGGGCACACUUCGCAUCGCAUCACAACAAAAAACGCGCGAAGGUUCGGGCAGAACGCAAAACAUACCCGUGAUAACAUCCUCGUCUGCGACUUAACGCAUACUUCACCUCACAGUAAACCCUCGGAACACACGCGCACAAAUAUGCUUUUUGAGGAUCAACAUAUGUCCGUGGACAACACACCGCAAAAGGGCUCCGGCAGCCUGAAUUCUUCGGCUUCGUCCAUAUCGAUCGAUGUGAAGCCCACAAUGCAAAGCUGGGCCCAGGAGGUGCGGGCUGAGUUUGGCCACAGCGACGAGGCCUCCAGUUCCCUAAAUAGCAGCGCUGCCAGCUGCGGCUCCUUGGUCAAAAAGGAACCGACGGAAAUUAAACUGGAGCCCAAUGAAGCAGAGGGGCGGGAGAUGGCCUUCGAGUUUCUGGACGGUGUCAACGAGGUUAAGUUCGAGCGACUGGUCAAGGAGGAGAAGCUGAAGACUCCCUACAAGCGCCGCCACUCGCAAACGCCGCCCAGCAACGAGAACAGCCGAUCCAACAGUCCAAACAGCAGCAACUCAUCAGCCAAUGGAGAUGGGGCUGCCACGAAAGGUGGCGAUAGCCAACGUCCCUGGAAGCAAAACAAAUCCAGCAACUUCCGUGGCCACAAGGAGGAAAAGCGGGUGCGCCACAACAGCUAUACAUCCUCCACCUCUUCCUCCUCGUCAUACACCGAAUCCGAUCCCGCCGUUUUAGCCCGUCGUCAAAAGCAAAUAGACUAUGGCAAGAAUACGGCUGCCUACGAGAGAUAUGUGGAUAUGGUUCCGAAGACUGAACGGGCCCGUGAGCACCCCCGCACACCGAAUAAGUAUGGCAAGUACAGCCGACGCGCCUUCGAUGGUCUCGUAAAGAUCUGGCGCAAGAGUCUGCACUUCUAUGAUCCGCCCUCUCAGCCAAAUGCCACGGCUAACGACUCCAAUUCCGACUCAGACUCGGACUAGAAUCUUGUUAUCGGGCCGGGAAACGUUUUUCAAAUAUAAAUUGGGGGUUUACAUACUUAUUAUCAGUCUAAGUACAAAUUUGAACUAACUAAAUCUAUGAAUCAAACACGCAUUUUAAAGUUACAAGGUCGUGUGCAGAAAAUUGUUACCACAGAUGUUUUGUUAAAUAAAAUGGCGUCUUACAA